UUGCCCUAAAAACACAAAUCGCUUCGUACAGUGUCAGCGAAUUUCUCUCUUUCUCUCUCUCCCUCUCUCUCUCUCUCUCUCCGCGUCUCUCAGUUUUCUCUCAAAUUUUCCCCCAACAACACCGCCCUUUUCAAGACGCAGAGUCCUUUUUUUGUCUCUCUUCUUCUCUGUCUAUUUUGGUGUGUUAGGGUUAGGGUUUCCCAAGGCGUGUCCAUUUUGAAGACCGAGAUGUUGCUCAAAACUCCCAACUCUAUCUCUACCUUCUCCGUAUUAGCUCUCAGAGGACUUUCUAGGUCUCAAGCAUGUCUUGAAUCAACUCUGUAAGCAGUGGCAGUCCCUGGGAUGGAAAUGUAUAAUGUUUUUGAUGGAAAUGCAGAAACAUAUCUGAUUCAAGGCACCGAGCCAAACUCACACCUAACAAGUCCACCUGUUGAACAACUUGACGCCAUGUAUAAGGAAGGAGCCCCAGAGUUUGUAGUUGAACAAGGCUUGUAUUACCCUACUGCCACCAAUUAUGGGUACAUCUGUACAGGAUUUGAAUCACCCAGCGAUUGGGAUGACCACCAUAGGAUUUUUGGUCUGGAUGGUCAAGAAGUUCAGUAUGCGGGUGCACAAACUGAAAGUUUGCCUUAUGUAUAUUAUACACCUAGCUAUGGAUAUGCACAGUCUCCAUAUAACCCAUACAACCCUUACAUUCCUGGUGCUAUGUUAGGAGUUGAUGGCCCAUUUGUAGGGACGCAACAGUAUUAUGCCAUCCCAUCUUAUGAAAACCCUUUGUCUUCGCCUUCUGGGUUCCCCAUGGUCAUCCAAUCUGGGCCAGAGAUGAUCUCAAGUAGUACAACUGAACCCUUCUUAGAUACUGGUGUAUUUACUGCACAUAGAACUGAUGGGCCAGGUCACAAUAAUCUGUCUCCAGCAUCUGCAACUUUACAUACUGCCUCAAAGCCUGCUUCAAAUCAGGCACGUUCCUUUGCUAGGGUAUCAGGAGGAGUUAAAGCUAAUGCUGGACCAAGUAAGCUACCUGCACCACACGGAAAUGUUACAUCCAGUAGUUUUUCCAGUCUGGCAUCAUCACAAGUACAUCAGGGUAGGGGUGCUCAAGCUGUAGAUAACAUUUCAUAUGGUAAGGCUUUGUCUCAUCGUAACCAACUAAAAAUGGCUCUCACUUCUAGUAAUGGCUUAUCUAAUUUUGGGUCAAGUGCUCAUGGAGGAGCCGCAGUGGAAAAGAUUCGGUCCAAGUUCCAUUAUGGUAGAGUAUCGAAUGAUGUGAAUGGAAGUCCAGAUGCAUUGACUGAACAAAAUCGAGGCCCUAGAACCAACAAAUCCAAGAAUCACUUGGCUGUGAAAGCCUACACAACCAGAGCUGGAGAGAGUGAUGCACAAGGAAACAUCAUUAUCUAUACUGACCAGUAUAACAAGGAUGAUUUUCCAAUAGAUUAUGUGAAUGCGAAGUUCUUUGUAAUAAAAUCAUAUAGCGAGGAUGAUGUGCACAAGGGCAUUAAAUAUAAUGUUUGGUCAUCUACUCCCAAUGGAAACAAGAAGCUGCAGAGUGCAUAUGAAGAUGCACAGAGAAUAGCCUCCGGGGAACCAAGAGGCUGUCCUAUCUUCCUGUUCUUUUCUGUUAAUGCAAGUGGCCAAUUCUGUGGUGUUGCAGAAAUGACUGGCCCUGUUGACUUCCAUAAAGAUAUGGAUUUCUGGCAGCAAGAUAAAUGGAGUGGAAGUUUUCCUGUGAAGUGGCACAUUAUAAAAGACGUUCCUAACCCCAAUUUUCGGCACAUCAUUUUAGAGAACAAUGAGAAUAAGCCUGUAACUAAUAGCAGAGAUACACAAGAGAUAAGGUGUAGGCAAGGUAUUGAGAUGCUUAAAAUUUUCAAACUUUACACAUCGAAGACAUCUUUACUUGAUGACUUCAUGUACUACGAAAAUCGACAGAAGAUAUUGCAGGAGGAGAAAGCUAGGUUACUGAUCAAAAGCUACGGAAGUUCAUUCCUUUUACCUGCAUUGGAUCCACCUAGGAAGCAAAAUUUUCUGGUUGACAUGCCUUCUGUUGAAGAGGAGAAAACUACCAAGCCUAAUGAGCUUAAUAGCUUGGGAAAGGCUGUAGACUCUGUCACUGGGCAGGUUUCUUUGGAUUCUGAUUUCAGCAGCUCAAGUAUUGCCAAGGAAAACAUUAAGCAUAUUGUGGGUGAAGCAAAAAAUGAUAUUGUAUCUUCAUUAAAGAUUGGCUCACUCACUAUCAUCCCAAAGCAAGUUGAAUCUGAACCUUCGGAGGCUUUGUCUACUGUUGCUAAGGUAGUAGAUGCUAAACCUGCGAAUGUUGUCACAGUAGGCUCGAUGCCUGUUAGAGUUAAUGGUUACGCAGACUCUUCUGGUUUCUUAACAGUUGGGACUAUCCCACUUGAUCCUAGAGCAUUACAGCUUGAUGCAGGAGGGGUUACUAAAAGCGGAUCUCAACAUCGAUGAUGUGGAGUUAAUAUCUUCAUUAUCUGGAAGUUAUUUGUGCCGGAAUAUGUGUGACAAAGUAGUAUUGGCUCGGACUAGCAGAAUGCCAAGUCUUUGUUAUGGUUUAGGUCAUGUGUACCACUAUUUAGUUCAUCUUUGUUGUUUCUUUUACAAGCCCUACUUUUGGGUUGGUCUGCUGAAGAAAGUUUUGUUCAGCAGUUACUGUUGUCUUGGGUUUUUGUGGGGGAUCAUGGUGGUGUUGUCUGAUUUAAGUGGAAUGAAUACAAUUGUCUAAACCUUUCCUUUUCAAUUUUUUUAUUCACCUUCUAUCAAUGAAUUCAAGAUACAGAUUAUUUUCUUUUUC